GGCAUUCCUCUCUCUGGGCACUGAUCUGGGGUACCCUCUUCAGCUUUUGGGUGUCUUGGAGAAUCCAGGUGUCUCUAGAGCAGCCUCUGUCAUCCUGUGAACUGCACGUGCUGGGAGAUUUGUAGAGACAACACCGGGACAUCCCGGAAGCUGGGAAAUGGAACUGUUGACAUUCAGAGAUGUGUCUAUAGAGUUCUCUAUGCCUGAAUGGGACUGCCUGGACCCUGCUCAGCAGAAUUUGUAUCGGGAUGUCAUGUUAGAGACCUACAGACACCUGGUCUUCCUUGGGCUUACUGUCUCUAAGCCGGACCUCAUCACCUGUCUGGAGCAAAGGAAAGAACCCUGGAUGGUGAAGACUCACCAGACAGUGGUCAAGCACCCAGUUAUAUCUAAUUCUUCUACCCAGAGCAAUUCGGAAGUAGUGGGCAUGAAUAUCUUAUUACCAGAGGUAAUCCUGAGAAGAUAUGAAAAUGACAACCCUGAAAAUUUCAACUCAAUAAAAGACUGGGAUAGGGUUUAUGAGUAUAAGCAGCAGAAAGUAUGUUCCAAUGGACUAGAUGGAAGUUUAACAGCUAUGCAUGAUAAAAUCUACGAAUGUAGUAAACGUUUCAAAGUUGUCAGAAAAUUAUCAAAUGUAAAUGGACAUAAGAUGAUACCUACUGGGGAGGUAACAUUUGAAUGUAAAAAAUAUGGGAAAGCCUUAAAACUAUGCUCAAACCUGGGUAAAGAUAAGAUAACUCAUUUUGUUGAAAAGCAGUACAAAUGUAAAGAAUGUGGGAAAGUCUUUAAAUCUUGUUCAAGACUGUCUAAGUACAGGGAACUUCAUACUGCAGAGAAAAUCCCCCAUUGUAAGAAUAAUGACAAGUGUUUUAGCCACAGCUCAAAAUAUUCUUACCAUGAGACAAUUGAUAACCUAGAGAAACCCUAUAAAUGUGAAGAAUGUGGCAAAUCCUUUAACAAUUCCUCACGUCUGUCUGUACAUAAAAGAAUUCAUUCUGGAGAGAAACCUUUCAAAUGUGAAGAAUGUGGGAAAUUAUUUAAUAGUUCCUCACGUCUGUCUGUACAUAAAAGAAUUCAUUCUGGAGAGAAACCCUACAAAUGUCUAGAAUGUGGAAAAGCCUUUAAUCAUUACUCAAAUCUCUCUGUACAUAAAAGACUUCAUUCUGGGGAGAAAUCCUAUAAAUGUCAAGAAUGUGGAAACACCUUCAAGCAGUACUCACACCUUUCUGUACAUAAAAGAAUUCAUUCUGGGGAAAAACCCUACAAAUGUGAGGAAUGUGGAAAAGCCUUUUCCCAGUACUCAUCCCUUUCUAUACAUAAAAGAAUUCAUUCUGGGGAAAAACCCUACAAAUGUGAAGUAUGUGGAAAAGGCUUUAACCAGUACUCAUCCCUUUCUGUACAUAAAAGAAUUCAUUCUGGAGAGAAACCCUACAAAUGUGAAGAAUGUGACAAAGCCUUUGGGGAUUCCUCAACCCUUUCUACACAUAAAAGAAUUCAUUCUGGAGAAAAACCCUACAAAUGUGAAGAAUGUGGAAAAGCCUUUAACCAGUACGCACACCUUUCUGCACAUCAAAGAAUUCAUUCUGGAGAGAAACCCUACAAAUGUGAAGAAUGUGACAAAGCCUUUAGCGAUUCCUCAACCCUUUCUGCACAUAAGAGAAUUCAUUCUGGAGAGAAACCCUACAAAUGUGAAGAAUGUGGAAAAGCCUUUAAGGAUUCCUCAACCUUUUCUGCACAUAAGAGAAUUCAUUCUGGAGAGAAACCCUACAAAUGUGAAGAAUGUGGAAAAGCCUUUAACUGGUACUCAGCCUUAUCUAAACACAAGAGAACUCAUUCUGGAGAGAAACCCUACAAAUGUGAAGAAUGUGGUAAAACCUUUAACCAGUACUCCCACCUUUCUGUACAUAAAAGAAUUCAUUCUGGAGAUAAACCCUACACAUGUGAAGAAUGUGGCAAAGCCUUUAAAGAUUCCUCAACCCUUUCUGCACAUAAAAGAAUUCAUUCUGGAGAGAAACCUUACAAAUGUGAAGAAUGUGGAAAAGCCUUUAAACACUACUCAUACCUUUCUGUACAUAAAAGAAUUCAUGCUGGAGAGAAACCCUACAAAUGUGAAGAAUGUGGAAAAGCCUUUAACCAGUGCUCACACCUUUCUAUACAUAAAAGAAUUCAUUCUGGGGAGAAACCCUACAAAUGUGAAGAAUGUGGAAAAGCCUUUAACCAGUCCUCAUCCCUUUCUGCACAUAAAAGAAUUCAUUCUGGAGAGAAACCCUACAAAUGUCAAGAAUGUGGAAAAGCCUUUAAACGGUAUUCAUACCUUUAUAUACAUAAAAGAAUUCAUUCCGGGGAGAAACCCUACAAAUGUGAAGAAUGUGGAAAAGCCUUUAAGGAUUCCUCAACCCUUUCUGUACAUAAAAGAGUUCAUUCUGAAGAGAAACCCUACAAAUGUGAAGAAUGUGGAAAAGCCUUUAACCAGUAUGCACAUCUUUCUGUACAUAAAAGAAUACAUUCUGGAGAGAAACCCUACAAAUGUGAAGGUUGUGGAAAAGCCUUUAACGAUUCCUCAGCCCUUUCUGCACAUAAUAGAAUUCAUUCUGGAGAGAAACCCUACAAAUGUGAAAAAUGUGGCAAAGCCUUUAACUGGUCCUCAAACCUUACUGUACAUAAAAGAAUUCAUUCUGGGUAGAAACCCUAUGAAUGGCAACAAUGUGGUGAAGCAUUUAACCAGUACUCACACCUUUCUGUGCAUAAAAAAAAUUCAUUCUGGAGAGAAACGUUACAAAUAUGAGUAGUGUGGCAAACCAUUUAACUCAGGAUCAAAACAGCCUGUACAUUAAAAAAUAAUGAGAUAACAUGGAAACCCUAGAAAUAUGAAGAAUGUGGCAGUACCAUACUUGGUGUUCAUAACGUAACGAAGCUUAUUGAAAUUUACUCUAGAGAAAUCCUACAACUGUGAACAGUGUGGCAAUACACUUAACCAGAGCUCAAACUUUACUACACGUAAGAAAAUUCAUAUUGGAAAGAAAUCUUACAAAUGAGAAUAAUAUGGGAAACGUUUUAACUCAUUCUUGGCCCUUAGUAAACAUAAGAAAAACAUGUCAGAGAAAAAUGACAAUAUGAAGGUGUGUGGAAGCUUUAUGCCAGAAAUGAUAGUUUUCUGUACACAGUAGUAUUCCUGUUGAACAGAAAGGCUAUAAAUGUGAAGAAGGUGACAAGUGUUUAACUUUUGCUCAAACCAUUCUCUCUAUGAAAUUUAUGACAGAGGGAGGGGGAUUGGUGGGAUUACACCUGUGGUGCAUCUUACAAAAGUAUAUGUGAAAAUUAGUAAAUGUGGAAUGUAACGUCUUAGCACAAUAACUAAGAAAAUGCCAGGAAGGCUAUGUUAACCAGAGUGAUGAAAAUGUGUCAAAACGGUCUAUGAAACUAGUGUAUGGUGCCCCAUGAUCACAUUAAUGUACACAGCUAUGAUUUAAUUAAAAAAAAAAAUUCAUGACAGAGAAAACUCCUACAACUGUGAAGACACUGUUGAAUCCUAUAACCAGGAUUCACACAUUUCAGUACAGAACAGAAUUCACAGAGAUACUCCACAUAUGUGAAGGAUAUGACAGUGUCUUUAAAUAUUUCUCAUACUUUUCUAAUCAUAAUUCAUAUGGAAGAAAUUUUCUACAAAUUUCAAUGAUGUCUUAAAGUUGUGUUUAUCCUGUUUGAUAGGGCUAGAGAGAGACAGGGGCAGAUGAUUCUAAGGCAUCCCUUGUCCAUAAUAAUAAGGAACAAAAUUACCAGACUGGGCUGCCAAGGAAGAAAAGCAUUUCAGGAAGGCUUUCAAAAACUGAACUGAUGUUUGCUCUGCAGAAAUGCCUCUCAGAGGUUGAGUGGCCCCAGUGUGGAGAUAUGGCCAAGGUCAAAAAAGUGGGUCUUUGCAGCAUGCGUACAAGUAAGAUGACAAUAGCCUGAAGGGACCCAUUUUCAUAAACAAAGUAAAAUCUUCACCACUUUUAUCACAGUUUACAAAUAGAACUUGCUUUACAGGGAUAGAAAUGGGAGGACUCUCCAUUCGUGAAUUUUUCCCCCUUUCCAGGAAAAAUAGUAAAUAUAUUACCCCCACCACCACUUAACAUAGAUUUGGAAAAUUAUCAUGAAAGGGAAAAAUCUCACUAACCCAGGGUGUUCUCCACUUGAUAAGUUAGAUGUCUCCCUUCUCUGGAGUGUACUGUGCUUUAAUAAACUUUGACCUUUU